AUGGGGGCGUUUCUGCUGCUCCAGAUUGUUCUCGGAGUUAUACUGCCAGCUGCUGCCAAGAUCGGCAUGGGCUUCACCAAGUAUCCCGAGUCGGUGACUGCGCCAGUCGGGGACGAGGUCACCUUCGAGUGUGCUGUGGAGGUCCCCGGCGAGAAGCUGACGUGGCGGUGGAAGCCCGCCGACAGUCAGGAGGAGGACUGGAGACAAGUGGAGGGCGUGAGCGAUAGAGACAGCCUCUCCACUAGACUUGUGGUGGAUGUAAAGGAGGAGACGCCUAACUCGCUUUACCAGUGCAUAGCUUGGUACGGGGCGAUCAGUGUGGUCUCCAUCCCCGCUUGGCUGACCAUAGCGCGAAUGGACCUGUCCAAGAACACAGCGGAGAGGCGAGUAAUCGCCGUGCCUCUGCGCAACACCGUGGUCCUGCACUGCAAGGAGCCAAUGUCGGAGCCACCGGCUGUGCUGAACUGGUGGAAGGAAGACGGAAAGAUUAAGAAGCAGCUGGACACUCCGCACGGCGUUUUGGUCCUCCACAACGUGUCUACGGCCGACAGCGGGGUGUACGGCUGCACGGCCACCAACGAGCUCAGCGUGCAGACGAUAGAGCUGCCCGAGAGGACGUACCUCAAGGUGCAGCAUGAGGGGAACGGCGCGGAGAGAUUUAUAGAAUCUGAGGACUACGUAGGCAAGAAAGACGAUGACGGCGCGUUGACGGUCUCGGUGAAGAUCGACGGAGCCCUGCGUUUGUGGUGCGGCGCCGUGGGAACUCCGCCCCCCCGAGUGGUUUGGACUAGAGACGGCGUUACACUGUCCAACCGAGACGCCCUAUUCAUUCAGCCGUUCACUUUGCGCGACGAGGGUAUAUACUCGUGCUCGACAAACGGAGUCCGUCGCUCUUGGAAGGUGGUGGCCUUGCUGCCGCCUCACUGGGAGGGGUCGGCGGACAGUGUGAACGCCAGUGAAGGUGGCAGCGCGAAGGUCACAUGCGGCCUGCCUUACGGGCAACCCGCUCCGGCAGUGCAUUGGUUGCUGAACGCCGAGCUGAUGAGGAACGGCAAAGGCGUCAAAGCAAACGAUACGGACCUCUAUAUAGAGCGGGUGGAGAAGAAGCACGCGGGGAUUGUGCAAUGCUUCGCUUGCAACACACUGGGCUGUGCUUUCGACGCGGCAAUACUAACUGUAGUGCCAGUACAGAUAUCUGAUCAGGACUAUUCAGCGGAAACGCCUAAGAUUCACAUCCCACAGCUGCCGAAACGCCACAACAAAAAGAAUCCCAGAAAGCACAAAGCCGUCAUGAUACGGCCUUCUCGUCCGAACGUCACGCGAAUGUCUGACGAGAGCGUUAUGGUGUCCUGGUCAAACGCCAAGGAGGGUCUGCCGAUACAGUUCUUUAAGGUCCAAUACAGUGAAGUUAGCAAUUCGAGUAACUCUACAAACUCCACGAGUGGCCAGUGGCAAACUGCCAACUACGAUAUACCGUCGUACAUUCACGCCUUCGAAAUCGACGGCUUGGUUCCCGAUAGGUAUUACAAGUUCAGAAUAGCGGCGGUGUACUCGAACCAAGACAACAAAAUGGGGAGAAGCAGCCCCCGAUUCUAUCUGCAACGCGGGGGCCAAAGUCCACAGGCUCCGGUGCUCACAAAAGUCACGGCCACAUCACCCUAUAGCAUACAAAUUGAGUGGACGUGGUCUGGCUCCGGCGGCGUGGAGGCGGAGGGCUUCUACGUGUACUACCGCGCGGUGUCAUCGGCGGGGGCCUACGAGAAGGUGUCCGUAGGGGGUGGGGCCCGCGCGCUGACGCUCGACCACCUCGCGCCCGACACCGCCUACGAGGUCAAGGUGCAGGCCUACUCCGCGCAGGCGCCUUCGGACUUCAGCGCCAUACGGGACGCGAAGACGCACAAGUCGGUGGCGGGCGGGGCGAGCACGAGCACCGAGGCGCCCCGGGGAACCCCCGCGGAGCGAGCGCCUGCCGCCCUGGUGACGGCCGGCGGGGCGCUCGGCGUCACCGCGAUACUCCUCAUCCUGGUCGUCACGCUACUGCUGUGCCGGCGCGCCAAGCGGCCCAACAAAGAAAAGGUGUCCGUUCCCGAAACCGGUAGCGGUAACGGCUAUAUGCCAGCGAAGGUGCCCAUCACUAUCACGGCCAAUCCCAUGCACCCAGAGGGAGGGGAAGCAGGUGUAGAAAUGUCGUUCCUUCACAACAACAACACAGGUAGCAGCGAUGAGGCAAUACCUCAUUCGAGGAAAAACGGACCAGCGCGCCAAUAUGUG